ACACACUUCCGGGACAGGCAGAGUAUCUUUCCCUGCCAUCUGAGCGGAGACAGGGCGAGGAAGAAGGAAGGAGGGAGCCUCUCCUGCACAGACAUGUUCAGCAGUGAGGAGUCCAAGUGAAAACGUCCUUCUCCAGAGCGCAGUUCAGAGAGUGGAGCUCAGCGCCCUGAAGACUUCAGCGCCGGAAAGAAAGCAGGAGUUUCUUUUGGAAGUGUGACGUGACGGGCAGUGUCAGUUUCUGCUGUCCCGCACACACUGACAGACACACCGCACCACACCACACACACUCUGCCGUUGGAGCGAUUAGGCCAGUAUCGCCAGCUAGCCAGCUCGCUAGCUGUUUUAACCAGCGCUAGCCUGAAGCGUCCUGGCCGCGGCGGUCGGUCUUUUUGUGGGAUUUGAGGUGACAUUGCGCUUUUCGGCUUUCCAGGACAACCCUGGACCAGACCGUGUGAUUCAGGCGGAGUGCGAAAGGAGAACACCACGAAACAAGUUAGAUCACAUUUUGGCUGUGGAACAGUCUUUGUGGAGCUAGAAACAGAGGAACAGACAUGGGAACACCAGGUUCAGGACGAAAACGCGCUCCAAUCAAGGACCGCUUUUCAGCUGAGGAUGAGGCCUUGAGUAGCAUAGCACGAGAGGCAGAGGCCAGACUUGCUGCAAAGCGGGCUGCCAGAGCAGAGGCACGAGACAUCAGAAUGAGAGAGCUGGAGCGGCAACAGAAAGAGCUCUCUUAUCACCACACCUCCUCUAGUAGGAAGUGGGGGCAAAUCCACCAGUGGAUGGCUGACACAGAGAAGGCCCGGCACAGCCAUCGAUCCAAAAGCCAUAGUCAUCGGAAGGGCCUGGAGGAUGAUGUUAUGUCGGUUCGGAGUAGUGGAAGUUACAGGUCAUCAUCUUCAUCGCUGCUAGGCAACUCUCAUUCCUCCAGCCGGUCUAGCACAUCUAGGAGAAAAGGCUUGGUGUCUGAUGGCCUCUACGGUAGUUCCUCUUUGAAGAGCUCUCACUCUACUAGCUCUUUGUAUAGUGACCUCCACAUGAAGCCUGUUUCCCAUAGCUCCAGGAAAGGCCUACUGACUGGACUGUAUCAUGACCAAAGGAACUACAGCAGUCUAAAGAACUCCAAACCACCUCCUACUUCCUCCUCCACUGUCUCUACCUAUCAGCCUCGGGCCACAUCCACCACUGGCUCCACAGGCCUGAUGCGCAGCUACAGCCUGGCCUCAAUAUGUGAUGAUGGUCUCUAUGGCUCAUACAGUUCCAGAGCUCCCUCUGAGUGCAGCUGGUACUCUUCUGGUGCCAGCUCUACCCGCAGUAGUCCUGUGUCCUCUUCUGAUGACGACUCUGCCAGUACUGUGUCUCAGGAUCGCUACGGCCGUGGAAGAAGGGAUAGUGUGUCGUCCGAUAUUUCUGACGUGAGCGCGACUGCGGCUGAUUAUUUCAGUCGCUCGAACCGCAGAGGCAGUAUUGUUUCUGAUUUAGAUGAUCUGAGCAUCCCAGAUCUGGACAGCUUGGAGGAGAAGUGUGACAAGCAGUACUCAGACUCCUUCAGUCGGCCGUCCUCUCGAUGUGCCACUCCAGGCCUCUCUGCUGCGUCUCUGGCCUCCCUGGGAGGCACCUCUUCCAGACGGGGCAGUGGGGACAUGUCCAGUAUUAUUGCUGACCCAGAUGCCUCUCUCAGUGAACUGAGGGACAUCUAUGAUCUAAAGGACCAGAUUCAGGAUGUAGAGGGGCGAUACAUGCAGGGGCUUAAAGAGCUGAAGGAAUCCUUGUCUGAAGUGGAAGAGAAGUAUAAGAAGGCCAUGGUAUCUAAUGCACAACUUGACAACGAUAAGGCAAACCUCAUCUACCAGGUGGAUACACUAAAGGACGUUAUCGAGGAAAUGGAGGAGCAAAUGUCAGAACUACGCAGAGAAAUGGAGGAGAAGUCAAAGGAAUUAGAGAGGCAAAAGCAUACGUGUACAGUCCUGCUGCAUAAACAAGAAGAGCUAAAAGAGGGGAUCCGUCAGCGUGAUGAACUUAUUGAGGAGAACCAGAACAUUAAGGUCAAGUUAGAUAACUUCACGAGAGAGGUGUUUGACCUGCAGGAAACUGUUAACUGGAAGGACAAAAAGAUUGCGGCCUUAGAGAGGCAGAAAGAGUACUUUGAUUGCAUUAGGAAUGAGAGGGACGAGCUCAGAGAUGAGCUGGCUGACCUCAAGGGGAAAUCCAAAGCAGUAGAGAAACACGGGCUGGUCAUCAUUCCUGAGGGUACGCCCAACGGUGAUGUCAACCACGAGCCCCCCACCUCAGGGAUCACUGUUGUCACACAGGAAGCUGCACAUAUGUUGGAGUCGGCUGGAGAUGGACCUCUGGAUGUUCGGCUACGAAAACUUGCUGAGGAGAAAGAUGAACUUUUAGCUCAGAUCAGGAAACUGAAAAUGCAGCUGGAGGAAGAGCGACAGAAACAUUCUAAGAUGGAAAGUGUUUACACAGACGGAGAACGGAUGGAAAAUGGCACAGACUUGCACUUAAUCGAAAUGCAGAGGGACGCCAACAGACAAAUUAGUGAAUAUAAAUUCAAGCUGUCAAAGGCAGAACAGGAAAUGGGUACAAUGGAACAAAAUGUCAACAGACUUGAAGGGCAGGUGUUAAGAUACAAAGCAGCGGCUGAUAAUGCAGAGAAGAUUGAAGAUGAGCUGAAAGCUGAGAAAAGAAAACUUCAGAGGGAGCUGCGUGCAGCCCUGGACAAGAUCGAGGAGAUGGAGAUGACCAACAACCACCUAGUAAAGCGUCUGGAGAAGAUGAAAGCCAAUCGCAACGCUCUCCUCUCUCAGCAGUGAUGAGACUUUGCCUUGGCCACUGCGCAAUCUUAAAAGCCCUUAAACUUCUUUCUAGUCUCGAGACUUUUCUGCCAUACACUGCAAAUGCUGCUCCUGUUCCCUAACGCCGUACGUGUGGGGAAACCAAAAAAAAAAACACCUGCUACCAACAAGAAGUCCUUUCUUCAUUAAACAUUUAAACCAAAAACAACAGACUGGUUCACACAUAACUUUGUGUCAGGAAGGGAGCCACUAAAUGAUUUUCCCCCUCUCUGAGUCUCUGAGGACCUUUUUUGGCUGGUAUUUUGUGUUUUUGAAAGCUUUGUAUAUCAUGUCAUUCACCUGGGUUUUAUUGCUUGGAUUUGGGUGCUUGAUUCCUCCUGAUGUCUUUUUGUUCCUCCCCAAUAAGUUGCAUGAAUGAAUAUAAAAGUGUAUUUUAAACUAAUUUCACACAGCUCUUAAACACUGAUAUACAUUCACAGCAGUGUGCCUUUUGUUCACAGGGAAACUAAGGGUUUGCAUUAUAAAGGAAAAAAAUCGGUACAGAAGAAAAAAAAUUAUUUAAUAUAGGGAUUUCAGUCAUGAUCUGAAUAUAAAACCAGUUUUCUGCUAUGGUUUCAGUGAGUUUUUGUUUUUUUUUCCAAAAUAUUUAAAAUAUUUCUUGAAAAUAAAUGUGUAAAUUAGU